AUGGCAAAACCUCUAGUCAACCCUUCACUGAGUGUUUUUCUCCAUUCCUCAUCACAUUCGAUUAAUUCGAUGAAUUGGAAGUGUCGGCGGAAUAAUUUUAAUUUAUUAUUAAUUAUAAUAUUCAUGAUGGAAAUAAUAUAUUGUGGAGUGGUAGAAUCAUCAUCUUCCGAAAUGUUGGGACAAUGGAAAUGUAAAUCAUCGAGUGCUUCCUUGAUUGGAAAGUUAGGAUCAAAAUAUGAAAUAUUUAAAAAUCCAAAGAUGCCAUCUGUAGAAUGUGAAAGGGUCAUUCUGCCCGAUAACACAGUUCCUCUUCCUGUGGAAGAGUUUUGGCAUGUGGAGGAUUAUCCAACCAUUGCCUUCCCUGAAAUUAGUGAUUUGAGUUUAUUGGAUGUUUGUCAAUCGUUUAAAAUUGUGGAAGAGAGAAAUAAUUUGACAUGCAUUGAUUUGUGUGAAAAUUAUGCAUACAAUCGAAGUGAGAUAUUUGAUUUUAUUAAUUAUUGUAAAUAUUGUAGUAAUGCAAAAGGAUACAAAUCAUUUAAUGAGAGAAUUGAAAAUAAUAAUUGUAAAAAUUCAAAUGCUACAAUACGAUCCAUGUUGGAGGAUUUUCCGAGAGAUGCUAGAUUUUGUGGACAUAGUAACUUUGGAGUGCCAUUCAUUUCACCAUAUCUAGAUUAUUCAUACUUGUGCUAUUGUGUGAAUUCUAACAUGUUUGGUAUGGGGUGCAAAAAGAGAGCUCUUACCGAAUUUAUUAUAGAUUUCACUGCAUACACUGGGAUAAUUUCAUUUUCAGCUCUAUCUCUUUUCAUUCUUUUUUCUUCCCUCAUUCCAAAGCUUAUCAAUUUACUUCAAAAGGAUAGGGAUAGAAAUCAAUACUCUUUGAUGAAAUUACUACCAUCCCUUGCCAUAUUUUUGGCUUCUGUUUUGAGAGUAUUAUCUCUAGUUUUCGAAUUGCUGAAUUUGAUAUCAGCAUUUAGAUAUUUGGCUACCAUUUCAGAAUUUGUGAAUUAUUUUGCACUUAUUCCAAUUCUAGUUAACUUGUAUGGCCUGAUGAAGUAUGUCAAGACACAAAAGAAACCAAACUCCAUCCUCUCCUAUUGUCUAACAUUUUCAAUAUUUAUUAUUUUAAUUACUUGUUGUGUUCUGAUUAGUGCAAUAUUCCAAUUUACUGUGGGUCCACUUUACAUGGUUAUUGGGUGGAUUUCAGUUUCUUGGGCCAUUGAAUUCCUUAUUCAUGCCGCUUGCUUUGUAUUCCUACUGAUAAUCUAUUUUACUCUAAAGAAAAUUUCAGAUGUCUCAGCAUUUAGCACAAAGGUAAGUUUCCAUUUUCUUCAUUUUUAUGAUUUUUACUGUAUGUUAAAUUAG